AAGCACUAAAAUUAACCAGCGGAAUGAAACAUGCCUGAUGGUGUUUACAGACAUCUCUCAUAAAACUAGGUGACUGUGGGAGCACGUCAAGUCAAAUUAACUUCAGUGCUGAUUUUUUUAAAGCAUUGGAUAGAUUGACACUUGCUUGCAACUGAGAGGUCUCUACAAACAUAAUCAUUAAAACGGCUAUAAAAUUGCAUACUAUCCGCUGAUCGAGUUAUAUCAAGUUAACCUCUUUUGAUAGUUGCACACUCAUGGAAAAAACAGCUGUGUAGUUUGGGGGGGCAGUGUACAGUUGAUAAGGCUUCAGUAGGUUGAGUUUCAAGACUCCGGCUAUAACAUUGAAGAAUUUAAUUAUUGUUUAUGCAAGAAAUAAAUAUGUGUUCGAAAUGUGAGAGACUUUCCUGCUAGACCGCGAUUGAGGAUGACCCUUCAGGACAGGCCUGUGGCGUCUGUUCGAGAUCGCUCCCUGUCUACUCACGGGCAGAAUGAACUGUGGUGGGACCUUAUGCCUGAUCAGAUUAAAUGCAGAACAGACAAGCUAAUCCAGAAAAUCACACAGAUGUAUGACAAUGUGGGUGUGCUGGGCCCAGAUGAGGUGUCUUUCGAAAAUACCUUAAAAGCCUUGGCUGAUGCCAAGCUGGAAUAUGCAGCUUCCAGGCACACCUUGGAUUUCCCCCAGUAUGUCUCGCCAUGUCGGGAAGUGCGGCACGCCAGCACGGAGGCGGACAGGAAGCUGUCCGACUUCGACGUGGAACUGAGCAUGAGGGAGGACGUCUUCCAGAGGGUCCUCGCUCUGCAGAGUAAGCAGCCUGAUCUGAAAACCGAGGCCAAGAGAUUCAUGGAGAGGCUCAUCCAGCUGGGGAGGCGUAACGGACUGCAUCUUUCCAAGGAUGUGCAGGAGGAGAUUAAAUCCACCCUCAAGUUGAUCAGCAAGCUUUGCAUAGAUUUCAACAAGAACCUGAACGAGGACAACACUCACCUGCUCUUCACCAUGGACGAGCUAGGCGGCAUGGCAGACAGCUACAUGAAUGGCCUGGAACGCACGGAGGAUGGCCGCUUCAGGGUGACGCUGAAGUACCCCCAUUACUUCCCGCUCAUGAAGAGGUGCCACGUCCAGGACACCCGGCGGAGGAUGGAGACUGCCUUCCACAGCCGCUGUAAAGAGGUGAACACGGCCAUCUUGGAGCAGCUGAUCCCUCUACGGGCCAGAGUGGCAAGGUUGCUGGGCUUCAGCUCGCAUGCCAACUACAUGCUCGCGGUGAACAUGGCUCAAACUAGUGCUACUGUUGCCCACUUUCUUGAUGAAUUCCAUGUGGCGCUGAAACCGGUCGGCGAACAGGAGCUGCGCUACAUCCUGGAGCUGAAGAGGCGGGACUGCGAGGAGAUGGGCCAGACGUUUGACGGGCAGAUCCACGCCUGGGACAUGCCUUACUACAUGAACCAGGUGGAGCAGGUCAAGUUUGCUGUAGACAAGGACAAGCUGAUCGAGUACUUCCCUCUGGAGGUGGUGACACAGGGGCUCCUGAGCAUCUACCAGGACCUGCUGGGCCUCACCUUUCAGCAGGUGCCCAAUGCCCACGUAUGGCAUGACACUGUCAGCCUGUACUCCGUGCAGGACACCGCCUCCGGGGAGGAGAUAGGACAGUUCUAUUUGGACCUGCAUCCCAGGGACGAGCCGGACUGGGCCGGAUUCAGGCUGCCGCCCAUGGUGCUUUCUUUCAGGGAGGGGAAGUACGGGCACGCGGCCUGCUUCGGGCUGCAGCCGAGUGGCUUGGGCCCCGACGGACGGCGCAGGCUGCCGGUGGCAGCCAUGGUGGCCAACUUCACAAAGCCCACGGCCAGCUGGCCCUCGCUGCUGCAGCACCACGAGGUGGAGACCUUCUUUCACGAGUUUGGCCACGUCAUGCACGAGAUCUGCUCUAGGACAGACUAUGUGGAGUUCAGCGGGACGCUUGUCGAGACAGACUUUGUGGAGGUGCCUUCCCAGAUGCUGGAGAACUGGGCGUGGGAGAAAGAGCCCCUGCAGAGAAUGACCAGACACUAUAAGGACGGCAGCCCCAUCCCAAACAGCCUGUUAGACAAACUCAUCGCCUCCCGUGUGGCCAACAUGGGGCUCAUGAAUCUGCGUCAGGUGGUCCUCAGCAAAGUGGACCAGGCUUUCCACACGAAGUCUAGUGCUGACACGGCAGAAGAAUUCGCCAGGCACUGCAGAGACAUCUUGGGGAUUCCUGCAACUCCAGGCACAAACAUGACUGCCAGCUUUAGUCAUUUGGCUGGGGGGUAUGAUGGGCAGUACUACAGCUACCUGUGGAGUGAGGUCUUCUCCAUGGACAUCUUUUUCAGCCGCUUCAAGAAGGAAGGAGUCAUGAAUCCAAAGGUAGGGAUGGAAUAUAGGAAGGUGAUCCUGGAAGCUGGCGGCUCAGUUGACGGUGCCGACAUGCUGAAGGCUUUCCUGGGCCGUGAGCCUAGUCAGGAAGCCUUCUUCCAGUGCAAGGGUCUGCCCCAACUGAGGGAAUCAGACUGAGCUGGCCAUGCAGCACUCGUGUUGCUCUGUGGCCAACGGUGGUUGACGCGACAUAUUUUCCGACAUGCACUCUCUGUCCACCGCUGGGAGUGUGCUUACCUGUGUGUGCGUGCACGUGUCUGGGACGAAACUCCACCAUGUGCGAUAGAGAGAGCAGAGGAGAAUUUUAAGCGUGCAACCCUGUACAGACAAAAAUUACAAGCUGUUGUGUAACUAAGAUAAAUAUCAUAAGGCAUUAGUUUAUUUAAUAAAAGGACAAUGUAUAGACCUGUUCUAUAGGAAAGGUAACCUUAAAUGACUUCUGUUGUUAUCUGGCGCUAUAUAGAAAAUUAAAUUAAAUUAAUUUGAUCUUCAAGGGGGGCAGGAGGUGCUGUUGGGCAGGCGGGGUGCCCCCAUAAUAUAAUGGUAGGGGAAACACUGCAUUAUGCAGGGUGUACCCAAGUCAUGAGCCCGGUACUGCGUGGGAUCCAGACCUGUCGUGACCUUGACCAGGGUGAGCAGUUAGAAGACGCACGGAUAUAAAUACUAGGAUGAAUCCUACCUAAAUCCACAGUAUACAGUUUAAUUUUGAGUUCUGUACCCACAGCUUACCUAAUAAUUCAGGUUUUGGGGUGCUGAACCAUGAUCCACUGAAAGCUCUACCCCCUGUACUUUAGUGAAAUCUCCGUGGGCUCUGGUCACAUGUUGACAGAAAAAUACCUCAAAUACAUGCUGCCACUGCAGCCAGUGAUAUACUGUUAUUUAAGGAUUGAAAGUGCUUCCUGUUCUGUUACUGGUAUUAUUUGGUUUUAUUUAUUUAUUUAGAAUUUGGUAUACAUUUCCAAAACUAAGUAUAUAAUUAGCACCCUUCCAAUAGUAAAUAUAUACACAACUGGACUGGGAAAAUGCAACAUGAAUGAACGUAAGCCUAAUUUUAAGGUGGUUUUUACAUUUGAUAAUUGUGUGUUCUGCACGAUUUUUCCUUCUCAUUUGUCCACCAGGGGGAGAUACACAUCCAUGAAGUAGGGAAGGCUUUCUAAAGCGUUUUUGAAGCUACCGUUGAUUGAAAUAAAUAAAUAGUGGAACUUGA